GGUUGACCGGUUCAGAAUGCCGGGUAGCGACUGAGCUAACUGCGCGCUUGGUGUGUGGUUAAAAAGCUCCAUUUUUUAAAGUACAGUAGUACUGGUUAAUGCAGAAUAAACAGAAUGAAAGAAUAUCGUUGCAGAGCUUGAGCAGUCUUAUUAGUGAUUAUUUGAGUAGUUUCGCUCUAUGUUUGAGGAGUCUGACUUUCUUUUGUAUAUUGUGUUUGAUAAUGAUAAUAUAAAAGCUUUUUUUGCUUAGCUUUUGAUAUGUUAUAUGACGCAAGGGUGUUGUACAGUGACGCGGUGUUGUACAGUGAUAGAUACAAUAGGGAAAGCACUUUGAUCCAGUAACCAAUGGAAAACGAAACCGAACCGAUGCCUGUCCUAGAAUGCGAGUCUGAAGCUAGAGACAUCGUUACAAAUCAAAGUUUAGUUUCUCGACGUCCGGAGAACUUACCGGGCAAAGUAAUGUACCAACGGAGCCGCAGUAACCCUACGCUCCCGGAGAGGCCAAUGAAGAAUCGCUUAGAACGUCGCCGGAGCGCCGUAACGUUCCCGUCUACAUAUAGAACACUGUUUGCUCAAAUGAGAACUCGCUUGCCAACCACGGGGUCUAUUUCCUCCUGUGCAACGAACGAUGUGUGUUGUUCUCCACGUAAGCAUGAUGGGAAAGAUUGGUCUACUUUGGUGAAUUGUCUUACCCACAAGAAAGAAGAAGGGAAGAGACUGUCUCCGACUGAAAUUCGGAUUCGAAAGAGUCUGGAAAAAGCCAUCCAGAAAGCCGGUUACAACAUGAACGAGUUGGUCAUCUCAACUAGCGGUGCUAUGUCCCCAGUUGCUCAACGGAGGACAGAACCGAAAGCGGAACUAGACUGGACAGAAAACGCUUUACCUAACGAUCACAUUUGGGCACCUACAAACGCAUCUGGCGACCUCUGCUACGUGGGCGAACAAACAUGCUUGAAAUCUGGACCAAGAAAGAAAUGCUCCGCGUGCCAUAUAGUUGUUCACGACCAGUGUAUGCCUCUGCUUGAACGCAUUGGGUUCCAGUGCAAAGUUACGUUUCGUGAAUCCACUUCUAGAAGUAUGCGGGAGAACCUCACAGUUCACCAUCAUUGGGUGCAUAGAAGAAAACAGGAAGGAAAAUGUAAACAAUGUUCUAAGUCGUUUGACAAGAGAUUUGGAUUUCGAGAUACAAAGAUUAUUGCAAUUAGUUGUUCUUGGUGUAAAGAAGCUUUCCACAAUAAAGUCAGCUGCUUUCAAAUCCACAAAAUCAAUGAACCUUGUGGUCUUGGUAUGUUUUUCCGAAGCAUUGUGCCUCCUACAUGGAUAGUAAAGGCCUCGACUAAACAGAAGUCCAUACGCAACCGCUCUAAAAAGAAGCGUGGAUCCACAGGAAAUUGGAGGAAGAAGUCUUCUAAAGAAUUAAAACAACGAACGUUUGUUGUUCGACCACCCUCUCAACAAUCAGCUUUCAUUACUCCAAUACUUGUAUUUAUCAACCCCAAAAGUGGUGGAAAUCAGGGUGCAAAGUUGAUGCAAUCAUUCCAAUGGGUAAUGAAUCCAAGGCAAGUUGUGGAUUUGACCAAGGGGGGACCACAAGAGGCAUUGGAAUUGUAUAAGAAAGUUCCAAACCUGCGAAUACUUGCUUGUGGUGGUGAUGGUACAGUAGGAUGGAUUCUAUCUGUGUUAGAUAAACUAGGCAUCUCCAGACCUCCACCAGUUGCUAUAUUACCACUUGGCACCGGUAAUGACUUGUCAAGGACACUUAACUUUGGCCCUGGAUAUACAGAUGAAUCGAUUCAGAAGAUCAUACAAGGAGUGGAGGAAGGAAGAGUUGUGAAGCUGGAUCGAUGGAAGCUUCAUGUGGAGAGGAAUGAAUGUGAACAACGAAUAAAUGAGGAAGAGAUACCAUGCGAGGAAAGCAAAGCAACGGACAAACCACCGUUAGAUGUUGUAAACAACUACUUCAGUAUUGGAUCCGAUGCAAAAGUUUCAUUAAAUUUUCACGAAUCACGAGAGGCAAAACCAAACAAGUUCAACAGUCGAAUUGGAAACAAAAUAUUCUAUGCAAAAGCUGGUGUGUCAGAAUAUUUAACGAGGCAGUCUAAGGAUAUGUUUAAACAUAUCACUGUUGUUUGCGAUGGAAAGGACAUAACUCCAAAGAUUCGGGAGCUGAAGCCAGUAUGUAUGCUCUUCCUCAAUAUUAACCGCUACAGUUCGGGCACCACACCAUGGGGCCAUCCUACUGGGACAGAGUUUCAAGCACAACGACAUGAUGAUAAAUUAAUUGAAGUUCUGGCGUUUAGCCUUAACCAACUGGGCAUGUUAUUUGUUGGAGGACAUGGGGAACGUUUAUGCCAAUGCAAGUCAGCUUAUAUUAAAACUGAUAAGACUUUACCAAUUCAAAUAGAUGGAGAACCUUGCAGGUUAAACCCUUCAAAUAUUCGUAUUGAGUUUUUCAACCAAGCCAGUAUGGUUUAUAAAACAAAGCGGAGACCUUCAGUUAACCCUGAGCAUCAACAAAUCAAGAUUCGAGUGAAUGCUGUAAGUUCUGCACAGUAUGAUGAAUACAGUGGCAGGACUGACAAACUUUGCAACAUAGCCACUCCACGGUUGGUGACAAUUGUCUCAAACAACUCCACAUUAAGCAGCGUCAGAAGUUCAUGGGAGGCUGUGAACCCAUGCGAGCGUGGGCCUGGUGUAGCCUCAGAAAAAUGGAUGUUUUUGGAUGCGAGUCGACCGGAUAAAUUAUAUUUGAUCGACCGAACCCAAGAAAACCUUCAUCUAAUAUGUGACGUGAUUACCACUGAUCGUGAGAUUUAUCUCAUGGAUAUGACGGAAAGCAAAACGAAUACCGCCACUCAUAGUCAAGUAACAUCAGCACAACGGUUGCGUGGUGGUCAAGCUGAUAGAAGAUCUGUUCAGUUUCGAUCUCGUAUUCAUAGUGAUUCUGGUGUUGUAAGAGGUUCAAUAGAUUCUGUAGCCAGCGACAUGUCCCAGUCAUUGCAAGAUGUACGAUCCUCCACUAAUGAUGCAAACGAUUCCGAAACAUUGGACUCUCGAUCCCUGGAUGUUGUAUUCGAGAGCAAUUUUGAGGAUGCAGAGAAACCAAAACCUCAUCAUCUAGACAAGUCAUCCUCAGAAGAAAAAGUGAGGAUAGAUCCAGAGGAAGACUUGACUCUUGAGGAUUUAGAGGAAAUUACGAACCUCGGCGAAGAUGGCUUAACAAUGCCACCUUGUGGGAGUAAUGUGGCCAAAGUAGACUCAGAGCAGCCGAACUCUAACAACUCAUCCCCGUUAAUACGUCAGGUUGCACAGUGUGAGACUGACUCCUCCUACUCAACGUCGAGCAACGAAUAUCUGAUCACGGACGACAACAUCGAUACGACAGUGGCUCGACAUAAAUCAGUGAUGACUCAGCGAUCUGGGCCCCGGAAGAAACUGCUUCGUCCGUGUCACUCCAACCCGCCACCUAAUGGUGGGGUUUUGCUCGGAGAUUUUAUAAAUCAAAGAGAUGGUAGCCCUAAAGGGAAAGUCCCCAUUAGGAGAAGCUCUAGUUCUGGUUCAAAAAGGGAAGAAACGUCAUCAACAGAAAACCCCGUUCUUCUGAGUAAUUUUGUUAAGGGUUUAAGAUUCAACAACAACCAAUCGAAUAAUAUCUUAUCCAACCCAGACUUAUCUCAAAUGUGGAGUAAGAUGUUUAUGGAUGCGUCCAAGCGUGGCGACGUAAAGAAGAUGUGCUUGGCGUACGAGCAUGGGGCGGAUUUAUUCAUCCGUGACCACGAUGGGAGCACCGCGUUACAUCACGCAGCGAGGUUCUCACAUUUACAAGUCGUGCAGUUCAUGAUUGAACAUGGUAAAACUAAAGUUGUGAACCUACUGGAUAAUGAUCGUAAACAAACUGCCCUCCAUAAAGCAGCUUGGUAUGGUAGGCUGGAUAUUUGCAGGGAACUUGUAGAAGCCGGUGCUUCACUUGCUUUUACUGAUUAUAAGGGCAAAACAGCUAUAGACCGCGCGAAACAAUCUGAUAGUCCCGAUCUUGUCCAGUAUUUAACCAACGCACAUCACACGGCAAAUGCUCUUAACAACUGCCUUGAAACAGACCUGUAGCGCCAUCUUGCCCCAACAGGGCGUCCCGGAAUUUCCGCCGAUUGACAAUCUAAACCCCCCACCUGCACCACACCUGCACUUAACUUUACUUUCUGUAGCCCAGAGUCUUGCUAAGCUCAAUGAUUCAUAUUUGGCAGAGGGUUUUACUUCUUUUUAUUUUUAAUCGCUUAGAGAUUAAUUCGGCGGCUCCCCGAUACGUCAUAAUCAUUACCUAAUCUCUGUGUUAAAUGCUAGCCAUAGCAAUGACAUACAGCAGUAUUUUGGCCGUUAGAGAUUUGCGGGGAAGAUUACCAUCUACCUGAUGCUCGCAGUCGCCACCAAGCGGUUACAUAAACAUUCCUAAUUGUGACUUCACAGCAGCCACUGUCUGGAUAUCGUAUAAAUACGACGUCCUUUGCGUUCCGAGAUCCAUUCCGUUCAUUUUUUACACUGUAACUGUUCUAAUCUUCAAUUCUGGCACGAAACUUCCUACAAAACGCAUU